UUUUCAAUUCCCUAUACCAGUAGUAGCACUCAUCGUCCAUACACACCCUCAAUAUAAACCAUUGCCAAGAGAUCAUAAAAAACUAAAGAAGGAAGAAAGCAGAGCUGCAUCCAGUACAAUGGCAACGACAACAACGUUGGGUAUGAAGCUUUUAAUGGACACCAGACGCCAUAGAAUCAUAUUUGCGGAAGCAAAUAAAGAGGUUGUUGAUUUUGUCUUUACCUUUCUGUCUCUGCCUGUUGGACUUAUCUUCAGAGUUAUGGGGGAGAAGCAUGAAAUGGUGGGUUGCCUUGGAAAUCUCUACAAGAGUGUACAGGAUUUGGAUUCCACAUAUCUGCAACCUAACAAAUUCAAAGCACACAUUUGGCUUCCCAUAGUAGCAAACUUUUCCGGAAUUAUUAAAUCUAUACCUCCAACAACAGUCUAUAGGUGCCACAGUGACUCGUGCUGUGGUAUUGACAAUGUGGCGUUUGAUCGCGCAGCCACUUGCCCCCAAUGCGACGGUAUUAUGAAUAAAGAGGUGACCUGUGUCCAUGCAUCAAGCAAGGGUUUUGUGAAGGGGGAAGCCACAUAUAUGAUAACGGAUGAUCUGACUGUGAAGCCUAUGUCUGCAUUGUCCAUUAUUGGUUUGAUGAACAAGUUCAAUGUCAAAGAAGUUGGUGAUGUUCAAGAAAAGUUCAUCAAUUUUUCGGUUGAUAAGCGUAUGAAGAUAUUCAAGGCUUCUCUGGUGUCUAAGACGGUGCUAACUGAUGUUUUCCUUGGAGAAAUAUUGGAGUCGGAAGAGUGAUUUCAAAGUUUAGAUUGUGGUAGUCAGAUUAAUGGGAUUGGACUUAUAAGAUUUAUAUGAUGGGAACAAGGGGGGUAUGAAGAUGAAAUCUUUUGAUAUUUUCAAUUCGGGGUCUGAAGACACGUAGGAUAUUUGUUUGUCAUGUCAAUUUUUUGAAGCUUUUCGUUUGGUCAAUGUAUGAGGCCAGCACGUUGAUUGAUUGAAAUGUAACUAAAGCCUGCCUGUGGAACAAUUCAAUAAA